AUGGCAGGAGAAUGGAGAGAAGUUCGACGAAAAGGUUCGUCUGUAAGGAAAUUUCAGGGGAAGCUUGAGGGUAAUAUCACUACGUAUUUUGUUACCAACCUUCGCGGUGAUGUCAAGAAGGCGGAGCUUUGGAAGCCAUGCUCAAAGGUCGGAGCUUUGGUUGAUAUCUAUAUCGCCGAUCGUAGGGAUGCUUCAGGUACCUUCUUCGCUUUUGUCGGUUUUAAGAAUGUUCUUCAUCCGAAAGGCAUCGAGAAGGAGCUUAAUGAAAUUACUUGUAGGGGGAGGAAGGUGGCUGCAAAUUGUGCCAAGCACCCUAAGGCAGUGACGGUUGAUGUUUCUAAAAGGCCUGCAGAUGCUGCAAUGAAUCGUUUUUCCUCUGCUCAUAGGGAUGCGCGUUCGUUUGUAGAGGUAGGCAAAGGUAUUGGCACUCCUUAUGCGGGUGAGGCUCAUGCUUCAAUGUCUCUUAAUCUCAGUGUGCAUGAUUGGGCAGAUGCCUCUGUAUUGGUUGGAGAUGCAAGGUGUUUUGAUACGUUAUGCAAUUUUCCUGCAUUAAUCUCUUGGGAAGGUUAUGAUGUGAUGGAGACGAAAUACUUGGGAGGCAUGCAAGUUUUAGUGAAAUUCAGAUCUGAAACGGCGGCGGACGUGUUUAAGGCCAACAAAUGUAUAUGGAAAAAAUGGUUCAACUGGGUUGAGCGUCUGGGAAGAAGAUCUGUCCGGUUCGAAAUGAUCACUUGUAUAAAAAUAACUGGUGUUCUCAUGGCAUGGGUUGCGGGAAACUUCGGGAGAGUGUUGGUUAACAAUUGCUCAUUCUGGGGCAACAAUGAUGCUUCCUUUUGCAAGCUUUGCAUUUUAACUGCCUCCAGGAAAAAGAUUAACGAAGAGAUUAUGGUAAACUUUGAUGGAGCUGGUUAUAAAAUUGGAAUUUUCGAAGUGGAAGAUGAUUGGGUUCCUUUCAAGCCUUUCGUGGCGGAGUCUCCCGUCGAUUCGGAUGUGGAGGAAGAUGACGAUGAUGUCGGCAUCUCGGAUACUUGGGUGAACUGUGAGAUGGAGAUGGAGGAAGGUGAGAUCAGGCACAACGAUGAUGGUGACGGAGAUGGAGCGGUGACGGAGUUGGGGAAGCUGAGGCGUCGCCGGUGCAUAAGGAUUUUGUUUCGUCGCCUAGAAAGCUGA